AUGCAAUUAUCUGGCACAUGGCCCAUGCUUAGCGGCUUUAUCACAUUCUUGAUCUUUUCAUGUUUAGUGCGGGCCAUUGAUUUAGACAUCAAUGAUCAAGACUCUCUCCAAGAUGCUGCCAGUACGACGGUCUACGCGGCCAUGAAAUACUAUUACGGAAAUGAGACUGGACAAAUUCCCGGUGCUUUCCCCGACAAAUGGUGGGAAGGCUCAGCAUUGUUCAUGGUGCUGCUCCAGUACUGGCAUUGGACCGGCGACACAACCUAUAACGAGGAGCUGAGCAUCGGAAUGGAGCACCAGGGUGGUGAUGACGGAAACUACAUGCCCAGCAACUACAGUAGCUACCUGGGCAAUGACGACCAGUCAUUCUGGGGCCUUGCAGCGAUGAUGGCAGCCGAGUUGCAGUUCCCCGAUGUCUCCGAUGGGUUCUCCUGGCUUUCUUUGGCUCAGGGCACCUUCAAUUCGCAGGUGAAGCGGUGGGACACCACGGCAUGUGGUGGUGGACUUCGGUGGCAGAUUUUCCCUUACCAGUCUGGAUACGCGAUGAAAAACACGGUAUCCAACGGUGGUCUGUUCCAAUUGUCUGCUCGUCUUGCUCGCUACACCAAUGAUAAACAAUAUACCGAUUGGGCGGAGAAGAUCUGGGAUUGGACCGAGGAUUCGGUCUUGCUCAACAACCAGACAUGGUUUGUUGCUGAUUCGACUGAUAUGUCCAAUGAUUGCAAGACCAGUGGCAACUAUCAGUGGACAUAUAACUAUGGUACUUUUAUGAUGGGCGCAGCCUACAUGUACAACUUGACCAAUGGCGACGACAUCUGGUUGACACGAGUAAACGGUCUCCUCACCAAAAUGUCCAAGACAUUUUUCAUCAACAAUAACGUCCUGGAGGAUGUAACCUGCGAGCCAACAGAGCAAUGUAACAACAACGAAAUUCUCUUCAAGGGACUCGUAUCAUCAUGGCUAGCAUUCACGGCACUCCUCGUCCCAUCAACCUACGACACAAUCGUACCAAAACUCCAAAGCUCCGCCCAAGCCGCCGCAAAGUCCUGUACCGGAAAAGGCAACAACACAUGCGGUGUACGCUGGUAUAAAUCAGCAUGGGAUGGCUGGCAGGGAAUGGAGGAGGAAAUCAGUGCCUCGAACAUCUUCCUUGCCAACAUGAUCGGCUUCGACAAUGGCAAGAAAGGGCCCGUGACUGCUGAUACUGGUGGUAAUAGCACCAGUAACCCGAAUGCGGGUGAGGGCAGUGGUGACUCGUCUAGUCAUAACUUUGCUCCUAUUAGUACCGGUGACAAGGCCGGUGCUAGUAUCUUGACCCUUAUCUUGGUCUUUGGGUGGGUUGGUGCUAUGGGCUUUAUGCUUCUUGGAGGCUGA